AUGGACGAAGAUAAUUCUUUUUCUGGCGCAUCGACUUCUGAGGUGAAUAAUUCUGUAGCUUCUAUACCAGUAGACGAGCUAAGCAGUAACUUGUUGGGCAAGCUAAAGGUAAACUCGGGCAACCGAACGAACUAUACAAACGGGCCUCAGUUAGAGGAUGAGGAUGAGACCGAUGAAGAAGUCGAGGAUGAAGAUUUUACCGAAGAGGAGCUAUUAGCCCAGAUGGGUUACUCAAAAUCCACACCAAAACAAGAGAGUACAAAUGGGUCUCGGAAAAAUGAAAUCUUUAACGAGAUAGAUGAAGAAAACGAUGAAGAUGAUGAUGAUUUGUCGAGCGAGCUUUUUCUGGCCCAGAUGGGCAAUGUAAGGAAAGAGCCCAUCAUCAGGCCCGAGAUCCACAAUAACCUCAUCCCGGCCCUCAAGGGCAGCCGCGAGAGACUAAGUGGGCCGGCUGGGGAGCGCCGGGUAUCGUGGGCCCCCGAUGUAUACGAUCCACCCCCAACGUACUCGGAGUUCCUAGUGCCCGUUCGUGGGCCCGAGCCGAGGGUGAGGGGGCCCGGUGGAAAGAACCGGCAGAAGGACAAGAAGAGUGGAGGAAGUAAAUCGGGUGUGGAGGGAGGAAAAAUGGGAGGGCCGAAAGGUAAGGAUAAGAAAUACGGUGAUAAGAAACGGGUCGAGAAGAGGAGGGGAGGGAGUGGCGGUAGCAAGUUUUCGAAGUUCGAAGGUGAGUUUUGA